CCUCGAUUGCCCCAUUCCUUUCUCCCUCUUCCUCCUCCUCCCGUCGCUGACGCUGCACAUCUUUUUCACCAACUCGGUCUUUCUCAAGUGCAAAAAUGGGUUGCGUCCAGUCCACCGCCGUUGACUCUGAGGCCAAGGCCCGCAACGACGAGAUCGAAAACCAGCUCAAGAGGGACCGUAUGAUGGCCAAGAAUGAGAUCAAAAUGCUUCUCCUCGGUGCCGGAGAGUCUGGCAAGUCCACCGUUCUCAAGCAGAUGAAGCUCAUUCAUCACGGCCCCUACAUCGACUCGGAGCGGGACUCGUACAAGGAGAUCAUCUUCUCCAACACUAUCCAGUCGAUGCGAGCCAUUCUCGAGGCUAUGCCUCAAUUGGAUAUCUCUUUGUCGCCACAAAACGACGCCCGGAGGGCUGUGGUCCUUUCAAUGCCGGCUCAACUCGAGGGCGACGUCCUUCCCCGCGACGUCGCAGACGCCAUUCGCGGUCUCUGGCGUGACGGUGGCGUCAAGGAAGCAGUUCGCCGUUCUCGCGAAUUCCAGCUCAAUGAUUCCGCUGUCUACUAUUUCAACGCAAUUGACCGCAUGUCGGGGCCCGGUUACCUCCCUACGGACCAGGAUAUCCUACGAAGCCGUGUUAAGACGACAGGUAUCACAGAAACCACAUUCAAAGUUGGGGAACUUGUCUACAAACUUUUCGAUGUUGGUGGACAGCGUAGUGAGCGGAAGAAGUGGAUCCACUGCUUUGAAAACGUCACCGCGCUUGUCUUCUUGGUCAGUUUGAGCGAGUACGACCAGAUGCUGUAUGAGGAUGAGAGCGUGAACCGUAUGCAAGAAGCAUUGACACUCUUCGACUCGAUAUGUAAUUCACGAUGGUUUGUCAAGACGUCGAUUAUUCUGUUCUUGAACAAGAUCGAUUUGUUCGCAGAGAAACUGCCAAAUUCACCUCUGGGAGACUACUUCCCAGAUUACAGUGGUGGUGAUAACUACGAUGCUGCUUGUGACUACUUGCUUCAUCGCUUCGUUGCGCUGAACCAGAAUGCGGCGACAAAGCAAAUUUACGCGCAUUAUACCUGUGCAACAGACACGCAACAGAUUAGAUUCGUUCUGAGUGCGAUUCAAGAUAUCCUCUUGCAGAUCCACCUGCGCGAGUGUGGUCUGCUGUAAACUGACGCGUUCCAACUUUGCAUCUCUCCCUGCAUCUCUGCAUCGCCGACCAUGAAUUUACACCGCAUGCAUCAGGCCUACCACUCAUCUGCAUCGGACGUUUCCGCGACAUUCCUGGCUACUAAUAGCCGUCCGCUCUUUUAUUCAUGACGAAGCUUAUACGCUACACUUUAUUCUGAACUUCAGGGAUUUCUUGAAUGCGCCCACUGACAGCCUUGUUUUUUUUGUUACGUAGUUGUUAUUAGUUUUGUCCUACUACUUCUUUUCCCCUUUUUUCCGUUCAAGUUUGAUAAUGGGAGCGAUCAAAAUCUACUAUACCCGUUUUACGAUUUAUCAAUGUAAUUGGAUGUCCUGAUAAAUAUGCCAUCUAACGCUGCGAGCACC